AUGGCUGCCACCAAAGCCGUUCGCUCUCCGAGCCCGAAGCUCGAAAAGCCAGCAAAUGGUACCAAAGUCGCCAACGGUGCCAACGGUGCCAAUGGCAUCAAUGGCAAGACCUCCGUCUUGCGCGAACACAGCUAUAAAUCCGAUGGUGUUGAGGACCACGAUGUCUUUCUUCUGCCCGUUUCCGACUACCAGAUCAUGCUUGUUCUAACAGUUCUUGCUGCUGUCGUACGCCUGUUCCGAAUUUACCAACCCACCAGCGUCGUAUUUGACGAGGUCCACUUUGGUGGUUUCGCUUCUAAAUACAUCAAGGGCAAAUUCUUCAUGGAUGUACACCCUCCUCUAGCCAAGAUGCUAAUUGCUCUGACUGGCUGGCUGGCUGGCUUCAAUGGUGACUUCGAUUUCAAGGAUAUUGGCAAAGACUAUCUGGAACCCGGUGUCCCAUACGUCGCUAUGCGCAUGUUCCCAGCUAUUUGUGGCAUUCUUCUCGCCCCUCUCAUGUUCCUGACUCUGAAAACCACCGGAUGCCGAACCACAACCGCUCUGCUUGGCUCCGGUCUGAUCAUCUUCGAGAACGGACUUCUUACUCAAGCCCGACUGAUUUUGCUCGAUUCCCCGCUCAUGGUCGCGACUGCAUUUACCGCUCUUGCCUUCCAGUCUUUUACCAACCAGCACGAACAGGGUCCUAAGAAAGCCUUUCAAUUGAGCUGGUGGUUUUGGCUGGCCAUGACAGGUCUUGGUCUUGGUGUCACUUUUAGCAUCAAGUGGGUUGGUCUGUUCACAAUUGCUUGGGUUGGAAGUCUCACCCUGAUCCAACUUUGGGUUCUUCUCGGCGAUACUAAGAAUGUUACACCGCGUAUCUGGGCCAAGCACUUCAUGGCCCGUGUGUUCUGCUUGAUCAUCAUCCCAUUGGGCUUCUACAUGGCUAUGUUUGCCAUUCACUUCAUGUGCCUCGUGAACCCAGGCGACGGCGAUGGAUUCAUGAGCUCCGAGUUUCAGUCUACCCUCAACUCCAAGGGUAUGCAGGAUGUUGCGGCCGACGUCGCCUUUGGCAGCCGUGUCAGCAUCAGGCACGUCAACACUCAAGGUGGCUACCUGCACUCCCACCCUCUGAUGUACCCCACUGGUAGCAAGCAGCAGCAGAUCACCCUAUACCCACACAAGGACGAAAACAACAUCUGGCUACUUGAAAAUCAGACCCAACCUCUCGGCGUCAAUGGAGAACAAAUUAACGGAACCUUGGCCUGGGACAACCUCCCACAGCCCGUUUACAUCAAGGACGGCGAUAUUGUUCGCUUGUACCACCUCCCUACGUUUCGUCGCCUUCACUCCCAUGACGUUCGUCCCCCGGUGACGGAGGCUGACUGGCAGAAUGAAGUAUCUGCGUAUGGCUAUGAGGGCUUUGAGGGUGAUGCCAAUGAUUUGUUCAAGAUCGAAAUAGUGAAGAAGAAAUCGCUCAGCUCCGUGUCCAAGGAGCGCCUCCGCACCAUUGAGACAAAGUUUAGGCUGGUCCAUGUCAUGACUGGAUGUGUUCUGUUCUCCCACAAGGUGAAGCUUCCCGACUGGGCGUCAGAACAGCAGGAGGUCACUUGCGCGAGAGGAGGCACGCUUCCCAACAGUCUAUGGUACAUCGAGUACAACGAGCACCCUCAGUUGACCGGUGAGAACAUUGAGAAGGUCAACUAUCGCAACCCUGGCUUCUUCGGCAAAUUUUGGGAGCUGCAAAAGGUCAUGUGGAAGACCAAUGCCGGUCUCGUUGAAUCUCAUGCCUGGGAUUCCCGUCCUCCCUCUUGGCCGGUCCUCAGGCGGGGCAUUAACUUCUGGGGCAAAGACCACCGUCAGAUCUACUUAAUGGGCAACCCGAUCAUCUGGUGGAGCUCCACUCUUGCUAUUGUCGUUUACGUUUUAUUCAAGGGUAUUGCGACUCUUCGCUGGCAACGUAGUUGCAACGACUAUGGCAACGUUACCUUCAAGCGUUUCGACUAUGAGGUUGGUACCGCUGUUUUGGGUUGGGCCUUCCAUUACUUCCCAUUUUACUUGAUGGAGCGUCAACUUUUCCUCCACCACUACUUCCCCGCUCUUUAUUUUGCCAUCAUGGCGUUCUGCUCCGUCUUUGACUUCGCUACUGCUCGCGUUUCCUUCGCUGGCAUCAGGAACAACCCGAUCAUCAACCGCGCCAGUGCUGUGGCAUUUUUGGCCCUCACUAUUGUAAUCUUUAUGCUUUUUUCACCCCUGGCCUACGGAAACUCCUGGACCAAAGCCGAAUGCAACCGUCUCAAGCUGCUCAGCACAUGGGACUUUGACUGUAACACUUUCAAUGACAACUACUCUCAAUAUUCGGAACUUCUCACCCGCACUUCCGCCUCGCCUACCCCUACUCCAGCUGAGGCCCCGGUCGCCCCGGUCGGUGGUCAAGUGGGUCAAAUUCCUAUCCACAAUGCUGUAAAGGAGCAGCCUCCAGUUGCUGAGCCCUCGGGAGUUCCUGGUCAGAAGGUACUCUCUCGAGAGGAGCGCGUCGAGUAUCGGGAUCAAGACGGCAACCUCCUUGAUGAGGAGCAGGUCAAGGCUCUGGAGGGUAAGGUUGAAUUCAAGACGAAAUAUGAGACCCGGACGCGUGUCGUCGACGCAAGUGGAAACGAAGUACAGGUGCCUGAAGGCGGAUGGCCGCAAGAGGUCGCCCAAGGUGAAGGAGAUAGCGUCGCCCCGCCUCACCCAGAUGUCCAAGGAGUGGACCAGGAGACCAAGUCUUCUGACAAGGCAGAGGACUCGGUGUCCCCAGAGGUUGCCGAGAGCAUCAAGGGUGCGAAAGAGGCCGAGCAGAAGAAGGCCAAGCCGGCAAGUGAAGGUGGCAAGGAGGCCACUGCCCAAGAAGAACUCUGA